AUGACGUUUAACUGGGGAAAGAAGGUGAUCCUUUUGAUAUCCUCAUGGAAGACACAUUCCUGGACUGGUUAUCUUCUCACAUUGCUCGCCUGUUUUCUCUUCUCUGCCUUCUACCAAUACAUGGAAGAUCGACGCCUCCGAUUCAAAACCCUCUCCUCCUCCUCCUCCUCCUCCUCAUCCUCUGUCAAUUCCUCCUCUUUGUCCGUUGGUGCACCUCUCCUAUUCAAACUGAAUCGUGGACGACGAGGGCUGAGACACGCUCGAGUCGCCACCGCCGUGCUAUUUGGUGUGAACUCGGCCAUCGGCUACCUCCUGAUGCUGGCUAUCAUGUCCUUCAACGGCGGCGUUUUCAUUGCCAUUGUUUUGGGACUUUCCGUCGGCUAUUUCCUUUUUAGGACCCAGGAUGAGGAUGUCGUGGUUGUUGAUAAUCCAUGUGCUUGUGCCUGA